AUGUUCACUGCCUUCUUGUCAAUCCUUGCCGUGGGCACGACAUUAGGGGCAGCGUGCGAGGGUGGGGAGCAAAACACAACAUGUGUUUUGGAUACCGACCCACUACAACAACCCUUUCCCUUCUUCUUCCCACCUCAAGAUGCAGCAAACACUUCUGCAUUGUUUCCAAUGCCAAAAUGUCAAGGAAUCACGCUUGAAGAAGCCACCAUCGACCAACUGCAAGGGUACAUGAGUGACGGAACCAUUACAUCUGUCGAUAUCCUCCGAUGCUACCUCGAUAGAAUACACCAAGUCGACAAAUACAUCAAUUCAAUCAUGGAACUCAAUCCGGAUGCCGAAAAGAUAGCUAUUGCACUUGAUGCUGAGCGUGCUGCUGGUCGUGUACGAGGCCCACUACACGGUAUACCUUACAUUAUCAAAGACAACAUUGCAACCAAAGAUCGGAUGGAGACUACGGCUGGAAGCUGGAUGCUGUUGGGAAGUAUUGUACCUCGAGAUGCACAUGUUGUUGCAAAGUUACGGGAAGCAGGCGCUCUUCUCAUGGGCAAAGCAACAAUGUCUGAAUGGGCUGACAUGCGAUCAAACAACUAUUCGGAAGGAUACUCUGCAAGAGGUGGUCAAGCGAGGAGUCCUUACAAUCUAACCGUCAAUCCUGGGGGAAGUAGUACAGGGAGUGCAGCAGCAGUAGCUGCAAAUAUCGUUACGUUCUCACUAGGCAAGCUCACGUCCUCAAAGAUCUAUCUCCAAUCCAACACUGACACACCACUAGGCACCGAAACCGACGGUAGCAUCAUAAACCCCGCAGAACGCAACGCCCUAGUCGGCAUCAAACCCACCGUAGGCCUCACCUCGCGCGCAGGCGUCAUCCCAGAAAGCAUCCAUCAAGACACCAUCGGCACCUUCGCCCGCACCGUCCGUGAUGCCGCCUACACCCUCGACGCAAUCUACGGCAUCGACCCCAACGACAACUACACUUUCGCUCAGCACGGAAAAACACCCCAAGCCGGCUACUCCUCCUUUCUCUCCAACGCUUCCGCCCUCAAAACCGCAACUUUCGGCCUCCCCUGGCACACCUUCUGGACCCACGCCCCUUCCCCCCAAAAAUCCCACCUCCUCUCCCUCCUCACCCUCCUCCAAUCCGCCGGCGCAACCAUCCUCAACUCCACCGACCUCCCCCACUACCGCACCAUCAUUUCCCCCGACGGCUGGAACUGGGACUACGGCACCACCCGCGGCCACCCCAACGAAUCCGAAUACACAGUCGUAAAAACCGACUUCUACAACAACAUCCGCACCUACCUCUCCUCUCUCGAAAAUACUUCCAUCCGCACCCUCGAAGACAUCGUCGCCUACAACUACGCCAACGACGGCACCGAGGGAGGCCACCCCUGGCCAAAUGGCAUCCCAGCUUUUUACUCCGGCCAAGACGGCUUUCUGGCGUCCUUGGAAACGAAAGGCAAGAUGGAAGAAACGUACUUCCAAGCUCUAUCUUUCAUCCAGCGUACAACGCGCGAGGAGGGUAUUGAUGCGGCUCUGAGACAUAACGGCCAUAAAAUCGAUGCGUUGCUCGUGCCGGCGGGUGUAGGCCAGACGUAUCAGGUUGCGGCGCAGGCGGGGUAUCCGAUGGUUACGGUGCCGGCCGGGGUGGGCGAGGAGACGGGGAUGCCGUUUGGAUUGGGUAUUAUGGGGGGUGCGUGGGGGGAAGGCGAGUUAGUGAGGUGGGCGAGUGCGAUUGAGGAUUUGAUGAGGGGGGAGGCCGGGAGGCCGGAUAUGAGGAGGACGAUGCCGAGGUGGUUUGGGUAUUUGGAGAGGAAUGUUCCGGUUAGGAAUUUGUAG